AUGCAAAGUCCGAAUAACCUUGUAUUAUUAGCUAAAAUGAAAAAAUGUCGUAAAAAUAUGACAAAAUUAAAAGAUAAAAUUGAUUUACUAACAACAAUCAUUGAUCGAUAAUCGAUUAAUAUUUAAAAUGAUUUUGAAUACAAUAUCCCUCCUUAAGAAUAAAAACCAGAAAUAAUUAUAAGUGAAGAUACUAGUGUUGAGAUAGUUUUAAGUUUAAAUGAACCUUAACCUACCAAUUAGUAAUUAGAUCUAAAACCAAUAGCAAAGAAAUUAAUUUCUAGAUUUUAUUACCAUAUAAAUGAGAAAAUGAAAUAAGGUUCUUUAAAUCAAUUAUAAGCUUUAAAAUUAAUGUGUAACAAACAGUUUUAAGAUAAUCCUUACAAACAACUCUUUUAAGGUUUCUAAAAGUUAUACAUCAAUACUGAAUUAAAGUGCAAAUAAUGUCAUAAUUCAUUUAACAGUAUUUAAUAAAGUUCAAAUCAUGUACUUUAAGAUCAUUUAAAUGAUUUAUCAAUCUUUAUUUGUAUCUAAUGUAAAUUGACAUUUCAGAAUAAAGAUAAAUUAGAAAAUCACAUAAUUCAAUAACAUAAUUCAAUUAAAACUAGUACUAAUAUCUAAAUUAAUUAAUAAUAAUAACAGGAUAAUUAAGUUAAAAUACAACCUAUCAUUGAAAUCCAUAGAAUCAAUUAGAUUUCUGAUCCAAAUUAAACACUUCAUGAUAUUCCAUCUUAACCAAUUAUGUAAAAGAUUUUUAUUCCAUCAGAAUAUACUCCAUCAAAUAAUUAUGUCAAACAAUAAGAUUAACCAUAAAUCUAAUAACAACCUUAAUAAUCCAAUAUCAAAAUUAUUAAAUAAUAGUUUCCAAUUGUAUCUGAUAUUAUAUAAGAAGAAUAAUUAAUAUAAAAUAACUUAAAUGAUUAGAUGCUAUAAAAUAAUCAUAAGAAACCAUAAAAUAUCAAAAUUAAAUUAAUUACUAAAGUAAAUCAAUCACCCAAUCAUUGA